AUGAUGAACCUUCUAUGGAGGAUUUCUGUCAUCUUUCAGUGGAAGACAGAGUCUGAAGAGACACCACAGGAAAAACCUGCAGAUAACUCCAAUUUGAAGUCUCUCAGAGGAAUUGUGACCUAUCUCUGUACCGACUAUGCCUGGAUUAAUGAAUCUAUCUUUUUCAAUACUGACAUGUUGUGUGGCAAUGUCCCACUGAACAUUGGGGCAAGUGUCAUUGCUCUAAUGGAAGAAAACGAAACAACUCAUAUCCAAAAAGCAAUCAAGGUGAAAACUGUGACUAACCCUGUGGAUGGUACUGAGCAAUCAGACCUUGACAGAGAACUUUGUAUUAAGUGUGUCAGCUCCGUCACACAGGACAGCAUCUAUAUCGACAAGGAAACAUCUUUCCCUGUCCAUCUCUUUUCUGGAGAAUUCAUGCCUUGCAAAGGAGACUUGUUGCUGGUUGAGUAUUCCAUGAAGCCGGGCACUUCAAACAUGAACAUCCACACCAUGAGCCACUUAAGCUCCCAGAAUUCGGAUGAGGUCUGUGUUACCACUAUUGAUGGAAGAACUGGUGUGGUGGAAGCCAGUAUGUUUUUUACUUUGGAUUCUCUCCAUUCUCAUCCUGGUUAUACACCUGCAUUAUAUGACGUUGUUAAUGUGAUUGUAGUAGACAGAAUUCAAUCACAUUACACUCAUAGAGUGGUGUCUGUGAUUCCCGUGGAGAUGUUGUCUAUACCAAUCAUUUUUAAUCCUUUUUAA